AUGGACGGGGGCAGCAGCCUCAACAUCCUCUACAUCGAUACCCUCGAUGCCAUGGGGAUCCUGCGGGCCUGCUUGCGAGCCUUUCUUUUCCCCUUCUAUGGCAUCUUGCCGGGCAUGAAGGCCUACCCGCUCGGCAACCUCGACCUGCCGGUCACGUUUGGUAGCAGGACCAACUACCGCACCAAGACUCUCAGUUUCGAGGUGGUAGAUUGGAAGGGGACGUACAACACCAUCCUUGGGCGCCCCGCCUACGCCAAGAUCAUGGCGGUACCCAACUACACCUACCUCAAGCUCAAGCUGCCAGGACCGAAUGGUGUCAUCAACAUGAGCGGCUCCUUCGAGCAGGCCUACAUCAGCAGUCGCGAGCACUUCGACCUCGCCACCACUACCGCGAACUCGGCGGAGCUCAGCUAG